AAAAGGGGCGAGAUACAUGUGCCUUCUAUGUCACUUGCCCCAAAUUCAGAUUUAGAAAUUGACAAUGUCUGGUAAUUACUAGCAGUUUCAUGAUUAGAUACAAUUGCAAUGUAAAAUAAGAGUAAGUUCGUUGAUUAUUUAUACUAAUUUUUCUUAAAAUAUAUCUUAAUGUCAAUAAAAAGUGAGAAUUGCAAUGAAAAAUAUUAAAAUUAGAGGUUUUUUUUUAAAUGUUAAAAAUAGAGGUUAAAACAAUGUGAUGUGCUUAGUUGUAUAAAUGGGGACAGUGUGCUAAGAGGAGUGUUUGGUUAAACGUUGUCCAAGGGAAAAACACUUUCUGUGGCACAUUUUUCCCAAAGAAAAAAGAAUGGAAUUAUAAAACCUCCAUUCAUGUUUUGGGACACACUAAUUAAUUAAGGGGCAUUUAGCCCAAACCAUAUAUCAAAGUUAAAUGACUAACGGCAAUCUAGGGAGCAAGCAAGCUAAUAUGCUUGACACAACUUGUCGUUGUUGUAGCAACUAGAGUUGAGUCGCAUUCUCAUGUGUAUGGCCUAUGAGGCCGCAACAUUUAAAAUCUCAAGUUGAUGGACAACCCUCUUCAAGGAGAUCCCUUGGCGCUCCGGGGCUAGUUGAGUGGUUGAGCUUAACAAAUCUGUUUGUGGUAGUAGCGGCCCAAUUAUCAUUGGAGUGAGUCUCUGCUGGUUUCCUCAAUAUGUCAUUGAUGUCAUGUCCGUUUCCAUAGAAAAAGUUCUAGGGAACAAAGUAUGUGGAAGUAAUUCCCCAAGUGUCCUAUGCAAUUUUUUUCAAGAGAUAAUGAUUGUUAUCUUGUGAAUGUGAAUUUUAUCCUAACCAGAUUGUCAAUGCCUGUUUCUACCGGAAUUAUCAAGUCACUUGAAAUUAAGGAUUGUCCUUUUCUGCUUCUCUUAAUAUAUUCUUGUUUCUUAGUUUAUGUCCGAUUCAAAUGCUCACGGCACAGUGCAAAAGCCUGGGUGAAUGGUACUAGGAAUCCACAACUUAAGUAUUUGUCUUCAGUGCUUUUAGUUUAUGUUGGAUCUCAAUAUCUUGAUUGUGACAUGUACUUGAAAGAAAUUUAUACAUAAGCAACUCACUAGUUUACAUGAUAACUUGUAGCAUUUUUAAUUACUCUCUUGUUUCUGUCUCAAGCAUUUGUAACAUCUAGUUGGGAGAAUGGAUCAAUCCUCAGGUGAACAUAAACUAGAUGCAAUUGUUGGUGAUUUUGUGUUGAUGGUUCUGGUAAUUCUGCUUAACCUUGCUCUAAUUGUUUGGGCUGUAAAUUGCUGCCUGAGGUGUUUUCACAAAGAUGUCAGCAGCACAGAGAAUUCAUGCUCACAAUCUCAGACAUUCAAUGUAUACAAAUUCAUGAACGACAUGGAAAGAGAGAAGCUGAUCAAGUUUACCUGUAAAGAGUUAAGGGUUGCUACUAACAAUUUCUCUAAAAAAUUGGGGUCAGGAGGAUGUGGAACAGUGUAUUUGGGAAAUUUAAGCACUGGAGUCAAUGUAGCUGUCAAGGUCUUACAUGAAAGUUCUGAUCACAAGAGAGUUAAGCAGCAGUUCAUGGCAGAGGUGAGUACAAUUGGAAGGGCUCAUCACUUGAAUCUGGUUCGGCUCUAUGGAUUUUGCUUUGAAUGGAAACUAAGAGCGUUAGUUUAUGAGUAUGUAGCGAAUGGUUCGCUUGACAAGUAUCUAUUUCAUGAAGGCGAGACCUUAGGAUUCGAAAAGCUUCACGAGAUUGCUGUUGGAACCGCGAGAGGCAUUGCGUACUUGCACGAAGAGUGCCCCCAGCAAAUAGUCCACUAUGACAUAAAACCAGGAAAUGUUCUCUUAGAUGAGAAAUUUUCUCCUAAAGUUGCGGAUUUCGGUCUCGCUAAGCUUUCUAAUAGAGAAAACAAGCAUAUAACCAUAACAGGAGGAAGGGGAACUCCUGGUUAUGCUGCGCCGGAGCUUUGGUUUCCAUUUCCCGUGACUCACAAGUGUGAUGUUUACAGUUUUGGAAUGCUGUUGUUUGAAAUCAUAGGUAGGAGAAGGAACUUUGAUACUAGUCUUCCAGAAAGUCAAGAAUGGUUUCCAAGGUGGGUUUGGGAAAAAUUUGAUUCUGGAAAACUGGAAGAGUUGAGAAUAGCUUGUCGGAAUGAGGAGAAAAAUAUGGAGAUAGUAGAGAGAAUGAGUAAGGUAGCUUUAUGGUGUGUCCAGUACAGGUCAGAGUUGAGGCCUUUAAUGAGUGGUGUGGUGAGAAUGUUGGAAGGUGUAGUGGAAAUUCCAAAACCUUUGAAUCCUUUUCAAACCAUGAUGGUUGGGACUCUUCCUAACCAAACAAAUCAUCCAUCAGAUACCACUGUUUCUUCAGGUUGUGGCUGUGCUACUCCUAUCUUGACAAUACUUGAUGUAGAAUUGGCCUCUAGCUAAGUGUUCCUCAGAUUUUGUAUUUGUACUUGGUUAAGGAAACAAAUUGAUUGUUUCCUUCUCAACAUAGCUGGGAGUGGCUCAUCUCCAAAGCAUUUUUUUAUGCACCAUUUCUCAAUUCUCUAUGUCUUCCUCUUAGAUUAAGUAUAUUCAUUUUUUGCAAAAGCAAAGAAUAUUUAUUGAAGGCCUUCUUCAAAAGAAUUUUACAUUUUAGAGUGAUGUUAGAUUUGGAGUAAAAUGUACUAAUGACUCAAUGAGGGUGCGGUGUUUACCUUCAGAUUUAGAGUUAACAA